GUUUGGAUGAUACGUUAGCCACAGAGAUAUCUGUCAUGGCUAACUAGCUAAUUACUGUAUUUCUGAGUAAAAUCAUUUGAGUAAUACGCCUCGUAGAUAAAGAUGAGCGCUGAGACCGCAGACCGGGUGGCAGUGAGCGGCAGUCGGCCGUCCACACCCCCGCAGACCUCUUGGUUCGAAUUUCUGUUGGACGAAUCACUGCUCGAAAAGCACCUACAGAAGAGCUCUCCAGACCCCUCACCGGUGCAGCUUGUGAUCCAGUUCCUUGAGCAAGCCUCCAAGCCCUCUGUGAAUGAGCAGAACCAAGUACAGCCCCCAGCUGACAAUCGCAGGAACCGCACCCUGAAGCUACUGGCGCUAAAGGUGUCCGCACACUUGAAAUGGGACCUGGACACACUGGAGAAAGGUUUGUCCAUUCCAGUGCUGAAUAUGCUGUUGAAUGAGCUGCUGUGUGUCAGUAAAGUUCCCCCGGGGGUGAAGCAUGUGGAUCUGGAUCUGUCUACCUUGCCCCCCACCACUGCCAUGGCUGUGCUCAUCUACAACCGCUGGGCGAUCCGGACCAGUGUGCUGAGCAGUUUUCCUGAGAAACCGACCAAGCUUGGACCUCACCAGAUGAACAUGUUGAAUCUUGUGCAGCAAGAGAAGGAGUCAACUGAAAAUAUUUUGAAAGUGCUGAAAGAGCAGUCGGAGGACUCGAUCAUGGUCUUGGAGGGAGCCCUCAGGAUCAAGAAGGACUUCUACAUUCACACUUUAAGGACCCUGGACCUGCUGGCUGCAGAUCCCCCUACGACCAAUGGAGAGACGGAGUGUUCCACUGCCGGCCUUCAGAUCAGUGCUGAUGAGUUGCACUGUCAGGUGCACUAUGACUUAGGUGCCAUCUUUUUUCAACAAGGCUGCUCAGACCCAUCUUCAUAUGAGAAGGCCAGGGAGCACUUCUUAAAAACCAAGGAGCUGCUCCUUAAGCUGGACUCUAAAGCUCUUCACUGCCGUUUGGAUGAGAAGCGGCUGGCUGGGUACUGGAAUGCCUGUAGGGUCCUCACAGGAGCAUCAGACCCCAGCGAUGCACACCUCACACCCUAUGGGCAGAUAAACACCUUCAUCAAGACACAAAACUUCCAGGCUCUCAUUGAGACUUUCAUCAAAGACAACAUGACCCUCAGUUUGCCUAACUAUUUCCGACAGUCCAUACUGAGGGAGUUUGUGCACAAAGCCCAGCAAGGGGACAGGAGCUUGGAUGAGGUGUGUCACAAGCUGUGCGUGUGCAACGCCGUGAGGGAUGCGCUGGAGGGCCAGGUCGUCAGCGUGCUCGUCCGACAGCUGCUCCUUAAGCCUAACAAGCGCGUGAUCGAAUUUCUGCUGGAGGUGUGCACGAGGGCUUUGGGCGAGGAAGAUGCUUCUGAGGCUGCAAAAAAGAACAUAGCGACUCUGUUGAAGGCCCUGUGCGAGAGCAUAGAGGAGCCGCCACUGGUCUACAUGGUGUCCUCCCACGAGCUCUUCACAGAGCUGCUGCCGGAGGAGGAGAGGAAGGCCCUGGUGGAGCAGAUGAGGAAGAGGUCGGCCAGCGUCAACCUGUGUGCCAAACCGCUGCCCUCCUUCUACGACAUUCCGGCCUCAGCCAGCGUGAACAUCGGCCAGCUGGAGCACCAGCUCAUCCUGUCCCUGGACUCCCGGCGGAUCAGGCAGAUCCUGAUAGAGCUGCAUGGCAUGGCAGAACGGCCGUACUGGAGGGUGAACAGCAAGUGGGAGGUUCCGGCAGACUACAUCAGCGUGAUACUGGGCAUUAAGGAUAACCUGACGCGGGACCUGGUUUAUAUUCUCAUGGCAAAGGGCUUACACUGCAUCACAAUAAAGGACUUUGUUCACGCACGGCAGCUCUUCUCUGCCUGCCUCGAGCUGGUGACGGAGUUCUCCCCGAAGCUGCGGCAGGUGAUGCUGAAUGAGAUCCUGCUGCUGGACGUCCGCGCCCACGAAAGCGGGGUGGGGUGCACCCGGGAGCGGCCCCCUCCCGACCUCGUCAGCAGGGUGCGUGGCUACCUGGAGAUGAGGAUACAUGAUCUUCCCCUGCGGCAGAUCGUCGGAGAGGAGUGCGUAGCCUUCAUGUUGAACUGGCGAGAGAAUGAAUACCUGACUCUGCAGGUGCCCCAGUCCCUGGUGCUGAACAACCCCUACAUCAAGCUGGGGCAGCUCCUGGCGGCCACCUGCAAGGAGCUCCCAGGCCCCAAGGAGAGCCGCCGGACAGCCAAAGACCUGUGGGAGGUGGUGGUGCAGAUCUGCAGCAUCUCCAACCAGUACAAGCGAGCCAACGACGGGCGCGUCAGCCUGAUCAAGCAGAGGGACUCCACCCUGGGCAUCAUGCACCGGAACAAAUUUGUCACCUUCAUCAAGAAACUCCGGGAGCCCCUGGUGCUGACCACUCUGAUCUCGCUGUUUGUGAGAUUGCACAGCAUCGUGCGGGAUGACAUUGUGAACGAAGUCACGGCAGAACAUCUGUCCAUAUGGCCAACAACUCUGCCAAACCUGCAGUCUGUGGAUGUGGAAGCAGUGGCCGUGACAGUGAAGGAGCUUGUCACCUACGCCCUGACCCUGAACCCCAACAACCACUCCUGGCUCAUCACUCAGGCUGACAUCUACUUUGUGACAAACCAGUACUCGGCAGCCCUACACUACUACCUCCAGGCUGGAGCCGUUUGCUCUGAUUUUUUCAGCAAGGCCGUGCCUCCUGAUGUGUACACUGACCAGGUCUUGAAGCGAAUGAUUAAGUGCUGCUCUCUGCUGAAUUGCCACACUCAGGUUGCAGUUCUUUGCCAGUUUCUCAGAGAAGUGGACUAUAUGACUGCAUUUAAAGCUCUCCAAGAACAAAGCAGUCAUGAUGCCAUGGACUCCUUCUAUGACUACGUCUGGGACGUCACAAUCCUUGAGUAUCUCACACACAUUCACCACAAACGGGGGGAGAACGAAAAGAGACAAAUAGCUAUAAAAGCGAUUGGACAGACAGAGCUGAACGCCAGCAACCCUGAGGAGGUGCUGCAGCUGGCCGCUCAGAAGAGGAAAAAGAAGUUCCUCCAGGCCAUGGCUAAGCUCUACUUCUAGCCGAAAUGGGACAAAAACUUAAAAUAACUGUAUAUAUAUUUUUUUAGUUUGACUUAGAAAAUAAA